UCCUUGACUUCCCCGCCUCUCUCAGCCUCGGCUUCCUAGAAGCGGCCGUGGGCCACCCCCUGGCUCCGGGACGCCCCCUGCCCCGAGGAGCGGGCUUUGCCCCCGGCAACUGCUUGCAAGAAGAGACGGGCUUGGCCCGGGGUGGGCAGCCGGGUCACAGACAGGGUUAGACGAAGUCUGCUCUUGGCCUGUGAAGGGGACCCUUGGUUCCACGUGGAGAGGAGGCGGUGGCGGGGGCCAGCCACCCCAACCAGAGGCAGUAGGGCCCCUGAGAUGGCAAGGAAUGUUGAGGAGUUAAGAUCCAACUCCUAACACGGGGCUUUUCUUCGGAAAGCCAUCCGGAAGCCUUUCACCAGGACUGGAGGAACUGAUGUAUAUGCAAGCAAAAGUGAGAGGGCUGCCAAGGCUUAGUCAAUUUUGUCUCAGCAACUUUCUGCCCCGUCCUGUGCCUCCUAGGAAUGAGGAGGCAAGCUUUUGUCCUUUCCAGAAGGCGGCUGUGAUGAGUGCCGUUCCCGCUCCGGUCUUUAGACGGGACUAUCCAUUCUUUGCCUGUCCCCACAGCUCUUCCUGCAGACUCUUUUUUCCCGAGAACCCUGUUAAGAUUAUCCGAAGCCAAGGGCAGUACCUGUACGAUGAGCAAGGGCGAGAGUUCCUGGACUGUAUCAACAACGUAGCUCAUGUUGGUCACUGCCAUCCCACCGUGGUCCAAGCCGCACAUGAACAGAACCUGAUGCUCAACACCAACAGCCGAUACCUUCACGACAACAUCGUGGACUAUGCCCAGAGGCUGUCAGAGACCCUGCCGGAGGAGCUCUCUGUGUUUUAUUUCCUGAAUUCUGGGUCAGAAGCCAACGACCUGGCCUUGAGACUGGCUCGCCAGUGCACAGGACACCAAGAUGUGGUGGUAUUAGACCAUGCUUAUCACGGUCACCUGAGCUCCUUGAUCGACAUCAGUCCCUACAAGUUCCGAGAUCUGGAUGGCCAGAAGGAAUGGGUCCAUGUGGCUCCUCUCCCAGACACCUACCGGGGCCCCUACCGGGAGGACCACCCCAAUCCAGCAGAGGCCUAUGCCAAUGAGGUGAAGCAAGUGAUCAGCAUCGCACAGGAGAAGGGCAGGAAGCUCGCUGCCUUCUUCGCUGAGUCUCUGCCCAGUGUGGGUGGGCAGAUCAUUCCCCCUGCUGGCUACUUCUCCCAGGUGGCAGAGCAUAUUCGCAAGGCCGGAGGGCUCUUUGUCGCAGAUGAGAUCCAGGUUGGUUUUGGCCGAGUAGGCAAGCACUUUUGGGCCUUCCAGCUGGAGGGGGAAAACUUCGUCCCUGACAUUGUCACCAUGGGAAAGUGCAUCGGCAAUGGUCACCCUGUUGCUUGUGUGGCCACUACCCAAGCUGUGUCAAGGGCAUUUGAAGCCACUGGUGUAGAAUACUUCAAUACGUUUGGUGGCAACCCAGUGUCCUGUGCUGUGGGGCUGGCAGUCCUGGAUGUCUUGAAAACAGAGCAGCUCCAGGCUCAUGCUGCUAAUGUGGGCAGUUUCCUAAUGGAGCACCUCAGCCAACAGAAAGCCAAGCAUCCUAUCAUUGGAGAUGUCAGGGGCUCUGGGCUCUUCAUCGGUGUGGAUUUGAUCAAAGAUGAGACCCUGAGGACACCAGCAACUGAAGAGGCAGAAUACUUGGUUUCCAGGCUGAAAGAGAACUAUAUUUUACUGAGCACUGAUGGCCCUGGGAGGAAUGUCCUGAAGUUCAAGCCUCCGAUGUGCUUCAGCCUGGACAAUGCACAGCAUGUAGUAGCAAAGAUAGAUGACAUUCUAACAGAUAUGGAAGAAAAAGUAAGAAGUUGUAAAACACUGAAGAUCCAGCCCAACUCAGUCAAGCACCUUUCAGAAGAAACUCAACCUACUCAAAUACAACAGGAUGGAAAGCUGACCUCCACCUUAAAGAUAAAGCAAGUGUAAGGCUUUGUUUAAAGCCAUACUGCCUGCCACCCUCCUCUCUAAGCAUUGACCCAUUGAGAGAGAUGAGCAUCUAAAUACGAACAGGACCCAGUCAGACUCACUUUUAUGUCUGAAAACUUUGAAGGGGAUGUAUAUUUCUAAAGACAGUCCUAACACUGUCUUUAGAACAUAACAUAAAAAAGGAAAGAAAAAAAGAAAAAGGUAAAUGAGCUAGGCAUGAUACAUGCCUUUAAUCUCAGUUCACUUGGAGGCAGAAGUUUGAGACUAGCAUGUUACAGAGAGAGCUCCAGUUCUGAUAGGGCAGCAGUGAAGUACUGUCUCAAAAGGGGGGGUCGGAUGAUGCAUAUUAUCUCCUACCAUGAUGUGCCUUUUAUUUUAUCUUACUGAAUUAAAGACACUGAGUAAACUGG